AGAGGGUGUGGAUACUGGGGAUUGGAGACUGGAGACUGGGAGACUGGAGACUGGAGGACUGGAGACUGGAGGACUGGGAGACUGGGGGACUGGGAGACUGGGGAACUGGGAGACUGGAGACUGGGAGACAGGGGGACUGUGAGACGGGGUACUGUGGGACUGGGAGACUGGGGACUGGGGGACGGGAGACUGGGGGACGGGGUACUGAGGGACUGGGAGGCGGAGUACUGGGGGACUGGGGGACUGGGAGACUGGGGGACUGGGGUACUGGGAGACUGGGGGACUGGGGUACUGGGAGACUGGGGGACUGGGAGACUGAGGGUAUGGAGACUGGGGGACUGGGAGACUGGGGAACUGGGAGACUGGGGAACUGGGAGACUGAGGGUCUGGAGACUGGGGGAUGGGGGACGGGGUACUGGUGUACUGGGAGACUGGGAGACUGGGGAACGGGAGACUGGGGGACUGGAGACUGGGGAACGGGGUACUGGUGUACUGGGAGACUGGGGGACUGGAGACUGGAGACUGGGGAACUGGGAGACUGGGGAACUGGGAGACUGGAGACUGGGGAACUGGGAGACUGGAGACUGGGGAACUGGGAGACUGGGGAACUGGGAGACUGGAGAACUGGGGAACUGGGAGACUGGGGAACUGGGGGACUGGAGACUGGGGAACGGGGUACUGGUGUACUGGGAGACUGGGAGACUGGGAGACUGGGGACUACCUGGCCAAUGGUUGUUGUUAUGCUACAGUAAAUCUAUGAGCAGCGAGGAUUGUCCUGUCCAGACGGAAGGACAAGACAAGGAGGACUCUGUGUGAGUGAACGGGACUAGAGGAUGAUUACACUAUGUGUUGACUGGAACUAGUAGGCCUAGUGGUUCUAUGAGGAUGAUGCUAUUCAUAUCUAUUGGGACAGGGCAGCAUCACUGUGUUUGUGAGGGUAGACUAAAGGGGAUGUCUAGGCCUAGUGGUUUGUUGUGCUAAUUCUACAUGCAGCUAGGGUCCUGUCCAGUUUUUUUUAUGGGUAGAGGAUACUGAGAGCAGAACUAGACCUAGUGUGUUGGCCGGACGUCUAUGUCCAGUGUGUUUGUUGUGCUAAUUCUAUUAGCAUGUGAUCCUGUCCAGACUGGAACUGUGAUAGCACGGCCAGCUCUAGAAUAUGUGGUUCAGUUGCUUAGUUAUUUAUAGGUAUGUGAACAGCUGGAACAGGUCUCCUCUUUCUCAAUAGGGCAUUCCUUCCUGUGUGUGUGUCAGAGCAGGGUGAAAGAGCAGGCUAUUUCUUUCUCUGCAGGCUGUAUCAUACCGCUUGGCCCAUUGCAGAGGCUGCAGUGCUUGGUCAACAUGGCUGGGAUCUCCUCUGGGGGGGGGUGGGAGUGGUCGUUCAGUUACCCAAAGGCAGAGUUUCAAAAAGGUGCUCCAAAUUCUAAAGAAGAAAAUAAAUCGGAAGUGGAUUUAGAGUUCAAAGGUCGAGUCCAUGUUAGCCUGAACCUAGAUCUAUUGCUGUCUAUCUGGCAAGACAGCUCAAACAGAUCUGGGAUCAGUCUAGGCCCAGGCUGGAUGCACGCAGAUAUCAGAGGAGGCUGGUGGGAGGAGCAAUAGGAGGACAGGCUCAUUGUAAUGGCUGGAAUGGAAUGAAUGAACGUAUCAAACACAUAGACGGGUUGGUUGUUUAGCAACAAAACCGACGCUUGCGCAACUAUGCGGAAAAACAGACGGGGUUGGCUUAGGCUGUUGACAACAUGUCAACUAUAUUUAGUCUCCAAAUGUUUAUUGAAAACAUAAAUACAUUUGGACAAUGAGCACUUGUUGUCUCUCAAAUACAUCGUUACAGUUAUUGGUUAGCUAGCUAGCGAAUCUUUGCCAUAUUAGCAUGGACGACCUAUGAUUCCCCACAAGGCAGCUUCUUGUCAUUGUUGCUAGCGAUCUGACUGUUCAGAAUCAUACACCUUCGGGCCACAUCGAUGCGCACGCAUCAUUUUCAUGACGUUGUCAGCCAACUCCACGUUUGACUCCGUUCCAUCGAUUCCAUCCCAGCCAUUACAAUGAGCCCGUCCUCCUAUAGCUCCUCCCACCAGCCUGCCAGACAGAAGUUAGGUAAGUUAUAUCACUAGAACGCUACUUAGAAUGUACGGAGUGGCUGCGGAUCAAACUUUUCCCUGAUCUUUUUUCUCCGCACUAAAGAUCCCGAUGCUUCUGCACAUGUGCGGAUAACGUUCGGCUCAUGUUUCUGUUCUCUCCUUUACGAACGGUCUCUGCUCUAGUCGUAGAGAACAGGCUACUCUGGCCAAUGGUGAUUGUUUAACAAAGUAAGAUCAAAGCUGAAUCAAUGUCUGCAAGAUCACAAUGAUAAUAUUCUACAUAACAGAACCCAAUAUAAUAUAAUAGCAUAAUGUUACUGUAAGACAACAACAACACCGCAUUUUUCUUUCAUAUGGCCAACCUGAACCACGCUCAAUGGAAUAUAGAACAAUGGAACCAUGCUCAAUGGAACAUAGAACAAUGGAACCAUGCUCAAUGGAACAUAGAACAAUGGAACCAUGCUCAAUGGAACAUAGAACAAUGGGACCAUGCUCAAUGGAACAUAGAACAAUGGAACCAUGCUCAAUGGAACAUAGAACAAUGGAACCAUGCUCAAUGGAACAUAGAACAAUGGAACCAUGCUCAAUGGAACAUAGAACAAUGGAACCAUGCUCAAUGGAACAUAGAACAAUGGAACCAUGCUCAAUGGAACAAGGAACAAUGGAACCAUGCUCAAUGGAAUAUAGAACAAUGGAACCAUGCUCAAUGGAACAUAGAACAAUGGAACCAUGCUCAAUAGAAUAUAGAACAAUGGAACCAUGCUCAAUGGAAUAUAGAACAAUGGAACCAUGCUCAAUGGAACAUAGAACAAUGGAACCUCUUACAUUUGGGAACUUUACAGUCCUAUUGAUCAAACAACCAUGAAAAGGUAGGCUCUCUCUCCCUCAGUUAUGAACAUCAACAACAAGAUCAACAACUAAUGCUAGCCAGAGCAAGAUAAGCUAAAAUCUAACGAAGGAACAUUUAGAUAAACCCUCUCAAACUUUUUCAGCUAGUUGGCCGUCAAAAUUGCACUGAUAAAUGAUGUGGAAAUGUAGCCUCCUCGUCCUUCAGCAGCUUGCCUGCCAAUGCAUGUUUGUACCAACCAAGCACCCAAGAUAACUGGCUAGAGUUGGCUAGCUUGCUUGCUAGCUACUUCCAGACACAAAUGAGAGAACACCUCACUCUGACCAUUUUACUCGGCGUAGCAGAGCUGGUUAGGCUGUUUACAUGUUAUCUAGAGCGUUGGUGACUAAAUAGUACUUUACUGACACCGGUCAUAUUCAGCGGGUGUUGCGCGUUCGUAAAUACAUCACUCUGGCACACUCAGAUGAGACUGCUCUGAAAUCAGAGUAGAUAGCCAGAGUGAAUUUGCGAACGCAAGAGAUAUGCUAACUGGAUAACAGUCGUUCAAGUUCUUGCUAGCUAACCAAAUGACACCUGCAUCUCUAGCUGUGUAUAGCCACUUAAAAACGAUAUGAGGGGAAAAAGUCAGUCACUCACCCACUCCUCCAAUGGCAUUACAUCCUCCUAGCAGCUAGCUAUCGAGCUAACGUUAGGCUCUGUGUUUUUAGCUUGCUACAUAAAUAGAUACGCUAGCCUAUUAGCCACGUUAUGACUGACUUGUGAUCUCUGCCCUUGCUAGUUUGAAUGUAUUGACAUUCCCAGCCUUAGUUACAUUCAGCCGUUUUUGUCCAGAAUAUUAAAUCAUUGAAACUGAAACAGUGCAUCCCGAAUGCAGGCAGCAAACACUGUACCAGGCCAGCUGUGAUUUACAACCUGAUAGCAAUCUGUUUGGGACUACCAAAAAAUAUAUUGGUGAAUUAUAUUAAUCAUGCAUUGAACUGCAUCCAUCUAUUCUGCCAACAAUGCCUUAGUGUACGUCAUGGAACGUUGAGUCAAAUGUAUCCUAUUUUUAAAACCUCUUACAAAGUUGGUUUUUGUAGCAUAAACUGGGAAUUUGAUAUUUUUUGACUGAUAUUAUGAUUGUCUGUUUGUUUCAUAUCUGCAAAGUAGUUAAAACGCUGUCAGUUCCACUCUAAGCCAUGGUUGAAAUUGAAUUGCGUUGCUCCUGCUCCUUGCAUGACCUCAUCAUCCGACUCUACUGUGACGCUGUGUGUGAUUCUUCAUCCGUAUCUAGUUACAGUGACAGUAUAUGGAUUGAUUUGCAGUGGGGUUGCUGUGCUGUGGAUGAGUGGCUCAGAGCUUGGCUGUAUUCAAUAUUUUGAUUUUUUUUUUUUUGUCAUUUAGCAGACGCUCUUAUCCAGAGCGACUUACAGUUAGUGAGUGCAUACAUUUUUCAUACUGCCCCCCCGUGGGAAACGAACCCACAACCCUGGUGUUGCAAGCGCCAUGCCCUACCAACUGAAUAAUGUGUUCAGCUACUGUUUGAUUCUGCCUUGAAACGCCUGUGUAGGUAACGUUUGGAGUUGGAGUGAACUGAAGGCUGUCUACGUUUCUGAAGGCAUCUUUCCUUUAUGAUUAUGUACUUUAUGGUCCAACUUCCCAGACACAUAAUAUCUCUAUUGAUAUAACUUUUUAGUCAAGGACUUAAUGUGUGUCUGGGAAAACGUCUGUGUAUUUCAGCUGACUGUGUUUGUGUGUGUGUGUGUGUGUGUGUGUGUGUGUGUGUGUGUGUGUGUGUGUGUGUGUGUGUGUGUGUGUGUGUUGUGUGUGUGUGUGUGUGUGUGUGUGUGUGUGUGUGUGUGUGUGUGUAUUGUCUGUCUCCUCCCAGGUUGACAAGCAUCAACAGAGUAAGGACUCUGUGUUCUUCCGUGAUGGAAAGAGGAGGAUUGACUUCAUCCUGUCCUAUGUGGAUGACCGAGACGGAGAGAGGAAACAGGUAAGAUACACCUUCAGAAACACACCUGUGCUCAAUAUUACUGUAGCUAUUACCUGUUAAAUGCAAUUGCUAGUUAUCACAGGUUUUUUUCAAUGUACUGUAAUUCUCAGUGAGACUAGGUGCUGGUUUCUGAGCACAGGACACUUAGCCUGGGUUAAACCAAACUGAAUGCUCCGCUCCAUUGUGAGUUCAGCAUUCAGUCUGGUUUAACCAGGCUACAUGACUCUAGUAGUUGACAAUACUACAGUUAUACAGUGUGAGUCACUAUAGAAGCGUGCCGUAAUACACAGUCAGUUGUCAGGACCAGCUAGUUUUCUCUUGCCAAACUGUUCACUGACUAUGUUGAUGGUGUUAAAGGGGAAAACGGCCGGUGACACACUUUGCUUCUUGAAAGUCCAACGUCUUGAAAUCUUGACUGCUAACAUGCAAAACAUUUUGGGAUUGUAUCAACAGUGGACUAAUGAAGAAAAUACCAAAAUAUAGUUUUUUGAGUGGAUUUUCCCUUGAAUAUAUCAAGAGAUAAGCUACAAAUACCUUGAAACAAGACACAAAAUAAAAAUUUGAGAUAAGCUACAGUAGCUAUAAUGCCUCAUUCCUAGCCAGCCCCAUGGAAUGGAAUGUCCUUAUCAUCAGACUUGCUUUUGAGGUAGCCUUGAAUUGACCCUUAGUUUCCUUGUUAAAUUAGUUAUUUUAGUGUAUUUGAGUACAACGUAUAUUUGAGUAGUAUUUACAUGCUGUGUGAACUGUGACACAGCGUGAAUGGCCCUGCCAUGUCCCCAUACGUUUGGCUACUGGGCUGGCCUGGUCAGUAGCUACAGACUGUAUGUUUGGAUACAGCUAGCCCAGGGGCUAGUAGCUACAGACUGUAUGUUUGGAUACAGCUAGCCCAGGGGCUAGUAGCUACAGACUGUAUGUUUGGAUACAGCUAGCCCAGGGGCUAGUAGCUACAGACUGUAUGUUUGGAUACAGCUAGCCCAGGGGCUAGUAGCUACAGACUGUAUGUUUGGAUACAGCUAGCCCAGGGGCUAGUAGCUACAGACUGUAUGUUUGGAUACAGCUAGCCCAGGGGCUAGUAGCUACAGACUGUAUGUUUGGAUACAGCUACCCAGGGGCUAGUAGCUACAGACUGUAUGUUUGGAUACAGCUAGUAGCUACAGACUGUAUGUUUGGAUACAGCUAGCCCAGGGGCUAGUAGCUACAGACUGUAUGUUUGGAUACAGCUAGCCCAGGGGCUAGUAGCUUCAGACUGUAUGUUUGGAUACAGCUAGCCCAGGGGCUAGUAGCUUACAGGACUGUAUGUUUGGAUACAGCUAGCCCAGGGACUAGUAGCUUCAGACUGUAUGUUUGGAUACAGCUAGCCCAAGGGGCUAGUAGCUACAGACUGUAUGUUUGGAUACAGCUAGCCCAGGGGCUAGUAGCUUCAGACUGUAUGUUUGGAUACAGCUAGCCCAGGGGCUAGUAGCAAACAGACUGUAUGUUUGGAUACAGCUAGCCCAGGGGCUAGUAGCUACAGACUGUAUGUUUGGAUACAGCUAGCCCAGGGCUAGUAGCUACCAGACUGUAUGUUUGGAUACAGCUAGCCCAGGGGCUAGUAGCUACCAGACUGUAUGUUUUGGAUACAGCUAGCCCAGGGGCUAGUAGCUACAGACUGUAUGUUUGGAUACAGCUAGCCCAGGGGCUAGUAGCAACAGACUUAUGUUGGAUACAGCUAGCCCAUGGGCUAGUAGCUACAGACUGUAUGUUUGGAUACAGCUAGCCCAGGGGCUAGUAGCUACCGAAUGUAUGUUGGAUACAGCUAGCCCAGGGGGCUAGUAGCUACAGACUGUAUGUUUGGAUACAGCUAGCCCCAGGGGCUAGAGCUACAGACUGUAUGUUUGGAUACGCUAGCCCAGGGGCUAGUAGCUACAGACUGUAGUUUGGAUACAGCUAGCCCAGGGGCUAGUAGCUACAGACUGUAUGUUUGGAUACAGCUAGCCCAGGGGCUAGUAGCUUCAGACUGUAUGUUUGGAUACAGCUAGCCCAGGGGCUAGUAGCUACAGACUGUAUGUUUGGAUACAGCUAGCCCAGGGGCUAGUAGCUUCAGAGUGAUGAAUGGUCCAACGUGUCUGUGACUGGGGUGUUAACCCUCACACCUUGCUGUUACUGUUACUCCAUGACUGGGAGGCCUGUCAGCUCUGCUGUCAGUCAGCUCUGGUGUCAGUCAGCUCUGGUGUCAGUCAGCUCUGGUGUCAGUCAGCUCUGGUGUCAGUCAGCUCUGCUGUCAGUCAGCUCUGGUGUCAGUCAGCUCUGGUGUCAGUCAGCUCUGCUGUCAGUCAGCUCUGGUGUCAGUCAGCUCUGCUGUCAGUCAGCUCUGCUGUCAGUCAGUUCUGGUGUCAGUCAGCUCUGCUGUCAGUCAGCUCUGUUGUCAGUCAGUUCUGGUGUCAGUCAGCUCUGCUGUCAGUCAGCUCUGGUGUCAGUCAGCUCUGGUGUCAGUCAGCUCUGGUGUCAGUCAGCUCUGCUGUCAGUCGCCUCUGUUGUCAGUCAGCUCUGGUGUCAGUCAGCUCUGUUGUCUGUCAGCUCUGGUGUCAGUCAGCUCUGUUGUCUGUCAGCUCUGGUGUCAGUCAGCUCUGCUGUCAGUCGCCUCUGUUGUCAGUCAGCUCUGGUGUCAGUCAGCUCUGUUGUCUGUCAGCUCUGGUGUCAGUCAGCUCUGUUGUCAGUCAGCUCUGCUGUGUCUGUCUGUCCUGAAACUCACACAUUCACCACUCUCACUGCCUGCCCACACUGACCCUUAGUCCUGGUUGAACUCUCAGGGCACAGCUCACACGCAGUCACUAUUCAUACACACUAGCAUCACACACAUCACAGUCACUAUUCAUCACACCCUAUACACACACUGUCAGUCACUAUUCGUGUACUCUUCUUCACACACGUCACACGCACACCGUCACUAUUCAGACGGACACACGUCACUAUUCAUGACAUCAGCCUUUGCACACACACAGUUCCAUUCAUCCACACACACAUUCCCACAUUCAUACACACACAUGACCACCACGUCCUAUUCAGAACACCAUAUACACACACACAGUCACUAUUCAUACACACACAUACACACACACAGUCACUACUCAUACACACACAUACACACACACAGUCACUAUUCAUACACACACACAGUCACUAUUCAUCACACACUACACACACCACAGUCACUAUUCAACACACACACACAGUCACUAUUCAUACACACACACAGUCACUAUUCAUACAACACACACACACAUCACUAUUCAGACACACACAUAACACACACACAGUCACUAUUCAGACACACACAUACACACACACAGUCACUAUCAUACACACACAUACACACACACAGUCACUAUUCAUACACACAAAAUAAAACACACCCCACAGUCACUAUUCAUACACACACACACAGUCACUAUUCAUAACACACACACAGUCACUAUUCAUACACACACACAGUCACUAUUCAGACACACAUAUACCACACACACAGUCACUAUUCAGACACACAUAUACACACACACAGUCACUAUUCAUACACACACAUACACACACACAGUCACUAUUCAUACACACACAACAUCACAACACACACACAGUCACUAUUCAUACACACACACAAUCACAUUCAGACACACACAUACAACACACACAGUCACUAUUCAACACACACAUACACACACACAGUCACUAUUCAUACACACACAUACACACACACAGUCACUAUUCAUACACACACACAGUCACUAUUCAGACACACACAUACACACACACACAGUCACUAUUCAUACACACACACAGUCACUAUUCAGACACACACAUACACACACACACAGUCACUAUCAUACACACACACAGUCACUAUUCAGACACACACAUACACACACCACAGUCACUAUUCAUACCACACACAGUCACUAUUCAGACACCACACAUACACACACAGUCACUAUUCAGACAACACACAACACACACACAGUCACUAGUCAUACACACAGAUACACACACACACAGUCACUAUUCAUACACACACACACAGUCACUAUUCAUACACACACAUACACACACACAGUCACUAUUCAUACACACAUAUACACACACACACAGUCACUAUUCAUACACACACACAGUCACUAUUCAUACACACACAUACACACACACAGUCACUAUUCAGACACACAUAUACCCCACACACAGUCACUUUUCCCAGACACACAUAUACACCACACACAGUCACUAUUCAGACACACACAUACACACACACAGUCACUAUUCAUACACACAUAUACACACACACAGUCACUAUUCAUACACACAACACACAGUCACUAUUCAAUACACACACACAUACACACACACAUCACCAUUCAUACACACACAGUCCCAUCAGCCAUAACACACACAUACUCAACACACACCACAGUCACUAUUCAUACACACACAUACACACACAGUCACUAUUCAUACACACACACACAGUCACUAUUCAUACACACACAUACACACACACACAGUCACUAUUCAUACACACACACAGUCACUAUUCAUACACACACAUACACACACACAGUCACUAUUCAUACACACAUAUACACACACACAGUCACUAUUCAGACACACACAUACACACACACAGUCACUAUUCAUACACACAUAUACACACACACAGUCACUAUUCAUACACACACACACAGUCACUAUUCAUACACACACAUACACACACACAGUCACUAUUCAUACACACACACAGUCACUAUUCAUACAUUUACAUUACAUUUACAUUUACAUUUACAUUUAAGUCAUUUAGCAGACGCUCUUAUCCAGAGCGACUUACAGGAGCAAUUAGGGUUAAGUGCCUUGCUCAAGGGCACAUUUACGUCAUUUAGGCAGACGCUCUUAUCCAGAGCGACUCACCAAUUGGUGCAUUCACCCUAUAGCCAGUGGGAUAACCACUUUACAAUUUUGGGGGGGGGGGGGGGGGGGGGGGGUAGAAGGAUUACUUUAUCCUAUCCCAGGUAUUCCUUAAAGAGGUGGGGUUUCAAAUGCCUCCAGAAGGUGGUGAGUGACUCCGCUGUCCUGGCGUCGUGAGGGAGCUUGUUCCAACCAUUGGGGGUGCCAGAGCAGCGAACAGUUUUGACUGGGCUGAGCGGGAACUAUGCUUCCGCAGAGGAAGGGGAGCCAGCAGGCCAGAGGUGGAUGAACGCAAUGCCCUCGUUUGGGUGUAGGGACUGAUCAGAGCCCGAAGGUACAGAGGUGCCGUUCCCCUCACUGCUCCAUAGGCAAGCACCAUGGUCUUGUAGCGGAUGCGAGCUUCAACUGGAAGCCAGUGGAGUGUGCGGAGGAGGGGGGUGACGUGAGAGAACUUGGGAAGGUUGAACACCAGACGGGCUGCGGCAUUCUGGAUGAGUUGUAGGGGUUUAAUGGCACAGGCAGGGAGGCCAGCCAACAGCGAGUUGCAGUAGUCCAGACGGGAGAUGACAAGUGCCUGGAUUAGGACCUGUGCCGCUUCCUGUGUAAGGCAGGGUCGUACUCUCCGAAUGUUGUAGAGCAUGAACCUGCAGGAGCGGGUCACCGCCUUGAUGUUGGCGGAGAACGACAGGGUGUUGUCCAGGGUCACGCCUAGGCUCUUCGCACUCUGGGGAGGAGGACACAGCGGAGUUGUCAACCGUGAUGGCGAGAUCAUGGAACGGGCAGUCCUUCCCCGGGAGGAAGAGCAGCUCCGUCUUGCCAGGGUUCAGCUUGAGGUGGUGAUCCGUCAUCCAUACUGAUAUGUCUGCCAGACAUGCAGAGAUGCGAUUCGCCACCUGGUUAUCAGAAGGGGGAAAGGAGAAGAUUAGUUGUGUAUCGUCAGCGUAGCAAUGAUAGGAGAGGCCAUGUGAGGAUAUGACAGAGCCAAGUGACUUGGUGUAUAGGGAGAAAAGGAGAGGGCCUAGGACUGAGCCCUGGGGGACACCAGUGGUGAGAGCACGUGGUGCGGAGACAGCUUCUCGCCACGCCACUUGGUAGGAGCGACCGGUCAGGUAGGACGCAAUCCAGGAGUGAGCCGCGCCGGAGAUGCCCAGCUCGGAGAGGGUGGAGAGGAGGAUCUGAUGGUUCACAGUAUCAAAGGCAGCAGACAGGUCUAGAAGGACAAGAGCAGAGGAGAGAGAGUUAGCUUUAGCAGUGCGGAGAGCCUCCGUGACACAGAGAAGAGCAGUCUCAGUUGAAUGACCAGUCCUGAAACCUGACUGGUUUGGAUCAAGAAGGUCAUUCUGAGAGAGAUAGCAAGAGAGUUGGCUAAAGACGGCACGCUCAAUAGUUUUGGAAAGAAAAGAAAGAAGGGAUACUGGUCUGUAGUUGUUGACAUCAGUGGGAUCGAGUGUUGGUUUCUUGAGAAGGGGAGCAACAUACACACACAUACACACACACAGUCACUAUUCAUACACACACAUACACACACAGUCACUAUUCAUACACACACACACAGUCACUAUUCAUACACACACAUACACACACACACAGUCACUAUUCAUACACACACACAGUCACUAUUCAUACACACACACAGUCACUAUUCAGACACACACAGUCACUAUUCAUACACACACACACAGUCACUAUUCAUACACACACAUACACACACACCAGUCACUAUUCAUACACACACACAGUCACUAUUCAGACACACACAUACACACACACAGUCACUAUUCAUACACACACAUACACACACACAGUCACUAUUCAUACACACACAUACACACACAGUCACUAUUCAUACACACACAUACACACACACAGUCACUAUUCAUACACACACAUACACACACAGUCACUAUUCAUACACACACACACAGUCACUAUUCAUACACACACAUACACACACACACAGUCACUAUUCAUACACACACACAGUCACUAUUCAUACACACACAUACACACACACAGUCACUAUUCAUACACACACACAGUCACUAUUCCCAGAAUGUUAUACAUUCAGAUGACAAAGCAGUGAGAUUGAUUGAGGAAAUUGUAUAUUUCUAGUGCCAACUCAAACAGAUCAACUCCCAUUUCUGUGCGUUUCUGUAGCAACGGGCAUACCCCACCCAGCUGAGGAUCUGUCUUUUUACGCCAUCUGCAGUAUUUCCUGUGUUUGAGGAAUGGAAAAUCCACUAAUCACUUAAAUCUCGCUGGAUUUGAUUGCUUUCAUUUCACUCCUGUGACUCUUUCAUUCUCUUGCUUGUGCCUGUUGUAUUUUCCCGUUAACGGUACGACCACGGAAAUGAUCGCAAUGACCUGUCAUACACACCCCGGUAAUGGCUGACGUGCUCAAUGGGAUACAUUGGCAUUCAGUUGAAUCUAUAAGAACGCUAAAGCUUCGCAUUGACACUUACAUCACAAUAAAGAGUAGAAAGAUACUUUUAUUUUGAUGGGUGUACAUUUUUUGUGGGAUUGAAAAAAGUACUUUUUUAAUACAGUUGAAAUUAGAUGCGCUGAAAUGAAAGCAACUUCUGAAAAUGAACACUCAGAUUAUAGUGAUAUUAUGUCUCAUCUUGCAAACAAUAUAAAGUAUUUUUUAGAUGUAAUCUAUUGUCCAACUGUUGCAUUUAUUAGAAUUGUUUUUAAAACCUUUUAAUAAUUUUGAUGACUGUUGCUAGUUUUUAUGUUCCUCUCCUCUCCUCUCCUCUCCUCUCCUCUCCUCUCCUCUCCUCUCCUCUCCUCUCCUCUCCUCUCCUCUCCUCUCCUCUCCUCUCCUCUCCUCUCCUCUCCUCUCCUCUCCUCUCCUCUCCUCUCCUUUAUUAUUUUGUUUCUCAACAGGAGAGGCGGAGGGAGUAUGAAGCUAACCUACAGAAGGCAGGCCUGGAGCUGGAGACGGAGGACAAAUCGGUAAGAUUCCUGCCCUGAAGGUUCAUUCAGUUAGAUCUAACCAAGUUAUGGUGAGAUUCCUGCCCUGAAGGUUCAUUCAGUUAGAUCUAACCAAGUUAUGGUGAGAUUCCUGCCCUGAAGGUUCAUUCAAUUAGAUCUAACCAAGUUAUGGUGAGAUUCCUGCCCUGAAGGUUCAUUCAGUUAGAUCUAACCAAGUUAUGGUGAGAUUCCUGCCCUGAAGGUUCAUUCAGUUAGAUCUAACCAAGUUAGAGUGCAUUCGGAAAGUAUUCAGACCCCUUGACUUUUUCCACAUUUUGUUUCGUUACAGCCUUAUUCUAAAAUUGAUUAAAUAUUUAUUUUUUUCUCAUCAAUCUACACACAAUACCCCAUAAUGACAAAGCAAACUUAUGUAAAUGUUUCUCUGGUCUCUGGUCUGUUUCUCUGGUCUGUUUCUGUGUCUGUCCAUCUCCAUCUCCCCAUCUCCCCAUAUCUCCAUCUCUCCAUCUCUCCAUCUCUCCAUCUCUCCAUCCAUCUCUCCAUUUCUCUCCUCCAAUCAGGAGUCAGAUGACGGUAAGACAUACUUUGUGAAGAUCCACACUCCAUGGGAUGUGCUAGCCACCUACGCCGAUGUCCUCAAGAUCAAGGUUCCGUUCAAGAAAAGUGACAUCCCCACCCACAAGGUACAGUAGGCAGCCAGUUAGCCUAGAGGUUAGCCAGUUAGCCAGUUAGCAGUAGGCAUCCAGUUAGCCUAGAGGUUAGCCAGUUAGCCAGUUAGCAGUAGGCAUCCAGUUAGCCUAGAGGUUAGCCAGUUAGCCAGUUAGCAGUAGGCAUCCAGUUAGCCUAGAGGUUAGAGAGGCGAGCCAGCAACCAGAGGGUUGCCGGUUCGAAUCGCGUAACUGAAAAUCUGGUCAGGACACAUUUCCGUGGACUGUAGGGAAGAUCUGUUUGUGCUCUUGCCAACUCCAUUGCUAUCAUGUCAUGUCAAACACAACUGGCCCCCAGGUUAUGAAUGUAAAACUAGCACUCAGGUUAUGAAUGUAAAACUAGCACACAGGUUAUGAAUGUGAAACUAGCACACAGGUUAUGAAUGUAAAACUAGCACACAGGUUAUGAAUGUAAAACUAGCACACAGGUUAUGAAUGUAAAACUAGCACUCAGGUUAUGAAUGUAAAACUAGCACACAGGUUAUGAAUGUAAAACUAGCACUCAGGUUAUGAAUGUAAAACUAGCACUCAGGUUAUGAAUGUAAAACUAGCACUCAGGUUAUGAAUGUAAAACUAGCACUCAGGUUAUGAAUGUAAAACUAGCACACAGGUUAUGAAUGUAAAACUAGCACUCAGGUUAUGAAUGUAAAACUAGCACACAGGUUAUGAAUGUAAAACUAGCACUCAGGUUAUGAAUGUAAAACUAGCACUCAGGUUAUGAAUGUAAAACUAGCACUCAGGUUAUGAAUGUAAAACUAGCACUCAGGUUAUGAAUGUAAAACUAGCACUCAGGUUAUGAAUGUAAAACUAGCACUCAAGCACUCAGGUUAUGAAUGUAAAACUAGCACACAGGUUAUGAAUGUAAAACUAGCACUCAGGCUAGGAAUGUUUAAUGAUAAAGAUUCUUCUUCUUAAAGUCUCCUCUUCCACCAGGACAUUCCCAUGAACUGGUUGUUCACUCCCUUCCGUCUACCGGACCACAUUAUGAAUCCUGAACCAGACUACUUCACCUCACCCUUCAACAAGGGAAAGACUGACUUCUUCCUCAUCGAUGACAAGGACACCUUCUUCCCUCCCUCCGUCCGCAACAGGAUAGUAAGUAGGCCAACAGGAUAGUAAGUAGGCCAACAGGAUAGUAAGUAGGCCAACAGGAUAGUAAGUAGGCCAACAGGAUAGUAAGUAGGCCAACAGGAUAGUAAGUAUGCCAACAGGAUAGUAAGUAGGCCACAGGAUAGUAAGUAGAAUCAACUGCACCGUCAUUAGGGUUUAUUAUAGGAGAAUCAAGUCGACUGUCGUAACUUAUUUCUUAUCAGAGAUUUAAAUGUAGCCAUUCAAGGUAUGCCUGUAAAUAUAGUGACUUCUAGAAUGAAUGAAUAGAAUAUUACACGUACACCUCUCCUCCUACAGGUGUACUAAAUGACCUUUCACCUCUCCUCCUACAGGUGUUCUAAAUGACCUUUCACCUCUCCUCCUACAGGUGUUCUAAAUUACCUUUCAAGUCUCCUCCUACAGGUGUUCUAAAUGACCUUUCACCUCUCCUCCUACAGGUGUUCUAAAUGACCUUUCACCUCUCCUCCUACAGGUGUUCUAAAUUACCUUUCAAGUCUCCUCCUACAGGUGUACUAAAUGACCUUUCACCUCUCCUCCUACAGGUGUUCUAAAUUACCUUUCAAGUCUCCUCCUACAGGUGUACUAAAUGACCUUUCACCUCUCCUCCUACAGGUGUACUAAAUCACCUUUCAGCUCUCCUCCUACAGGUGUUCUAAAUUACCUUUCACCUCUCCUCCUACAGGUGUUCUAAAUGACCUUUCACCUCUCCUCCUACAGGUGUUCUAAAUGACCUUCACUCUCCUCCUACAGGUGUUCUAAAUGACCUUUCACCUCUCCUCCUACAGGUGUUCUAAAUGACCUUUCACCUCUCCUCCUACAGGUGUUCUAAAUGACCUUUCACCUCUCCUCCUACAGGUGUUCUAAAUGACCUUUCACCUCUCCUCCUACAGGUGUACUAAAUGACCUUUCACCUCUCCUCCUACAGGUGUACUAAAUGACCUUUCACCUCUCCUCCUACAGGUGUACUAAAUGACCUUUCACCUCUCCUCCUACAGGUGUCUAAAUUACCUUUCACCUCUCCUCCUACAGGUGUUCUAAAUGACCUUUCACCUCUCCUCCUACAGGUGUUCUAAAUGACCUUUCACCUCUCCUCCUACAGGUGUUCUAAAUGACCUUUCACCUCUCCUCCUACAGGUGUUCUAAAUGACCUUUCACCUCUCCUCCUACAGGUGUACUAAAUGACCUUUCACCUCUCCUCCUACAGGUGUUCUAAAUGACCUUUCACCUCUCCUCCUACAGGUGUUCUAAAUGACCUUUCACCUCUCCUCCUACAGGUGUUCUAAAUGACCUUUCACCUCUCCUCCUACAGGUGUACUAAAUGACCUUUCACCUCUCCUCCUACAGGUGUACUAAAUGACCUUUCACCUCUCCUCCUACAGGUGUAUUAUAUCCUGGCCCGCUGUGCGUACAACAAGGAGGACAAGGACAAGAAGGGUCUCAAGCGCCUGCUCAACAACGGGACCUACGGGUCUGCCUUCCCACUUCAUGAUGUAAGAAGCUACUGUAUAAUAGUGACCCCUCUCCUGGUGGCCAAAACAGCUUUGCCCUCUGGGCUCUUGUUGGGCCUAAUGGUAUGCGCAUAUGCCAAUGAGUAUCUGUGAAGUCAUUCAAGAUUUUCUACUUACCCAGAAUCAGAUGAACUCAUUGAUACCAUUUUUUAUCCAAUAGGACCAUCACACUAUAAAUGACAUGUAUCCAGUAGGACCAUCACACUAUAAAUGACAUGUAUCCAGUAGGACCAUCACACUAUAAAUGACAUGUAUCCAGUAGGACCAUCACACUAUAAAUGACAUGUAUCCAGUAGGACAUCACACUAUAAAUGACAUGUAUCCAGUAGGACAUCACACUAUAAAUGACAUGUAUCCAGUAGUACCAUCACACUAUAAAUGACAUGUAUCCAGUAGGACAUCACACUAUAAAUGACAUGUAUCCAGUAGGACCAUCACACUAUAAAUGACAUGUAUCCAGUAGGACCAUCACACUAUAAAUGACAUGUAUCCAGUAGAACCAUCACACUAUAAAUGACAUGUAUCCAGUAGGACCAUCACACUAUAAAUGACAUGUAUCCAGUAGGACAUCACACUAUAAAUGACAUGUAUCCAGUAGGACAUCACACUAUAAAUGACAUGUAUCCAGUAGGACCAUCACACUAUAAAUGACAUGUAUCCAGUAGGACCAUCACACUAUAAAUGACAUGUAUCCAGUAGGACCAUCACACUAUAAAUGACAUGUAUCCAGUAGGACCAUCACACUAUAAAUGACAUGUAUCCAGUAGGACCAUCACACUAUAAAUGACAUGUAUCCAGUAGGACCAUCACACUAUAAAUGACAUGUAUCCAGUAGGACCAUCACACUAUAAAUGACAUGUAUCCAGUAGGACCAUCACACUAUAAAUGACAUGUAUCCAGUAGGACCAUCACACUAUAAAUGACAUGUAUCCAGUAGGACCAUCACACUAUAAAUGACAUGUAUCCAGUAGGACCAUCACACUAUAAAUGACAUGUAUCCAGUAGGACCAUCACACUAUAAAUGACAUAUAUCCAGUAGGACCAUCACACUCUGAAUGACAUGUAUCCAGUAGGACCAUCACACUCUGAAUGACAUGUAUCCCUCUGUAUGUAUACAGUCUCGGUACUGGAAGGCAUCCAGGGACCCCAACAGUGAGAGUGAGAGAUUCAGCCUCUAUAAAAACUGGGCCCGGUUCUUCAGUUUCUUCAAAGAGCAGCCUCUCAACUUGAUACGGUGAGAAAACAACACAACAUGACACAACACAACAUGACACAACACAACAUGACACGACACAACAUGAGACAACACGACACGACACAACACGACACAACACAACAUGACACGACACGACACGACACGACACGACACAACAUGACACAACACAACACAACAUGACACAACACAACAUGACACAACACGACACAACAUGACACAACAUGACACGACACAACACAACAUGACACAACACAACACGACACGACACAACACGACACAACACAACAGACACAAAACACAACCACACACAUACACAACCAACAUGACACAACACAACACAACAUGACACAACACAACACAACAUGACACAACACACACAACACAACACAACAUGACACAACACAACACAACAUGACACAACACAACAUGACACAACACGACACAACAUGACACAACACAACAUGAACAACCACACCAAACACACCGACACAACACACAACACGACACAACAUGACACAACACAAACAACACACAACCAACAUGACACAAAACAACAUACACAACACAACACAACAUGACACACACAAACAACACAACAUACACAAACACAACACAACAUGACACAACACACCCCAAACACACACAAACACAACAUGAAAACAACACAACAACACACACACAUGCACAAAAACACAACACAAACAUAACCACAACAUACACAACACAACAUGACACAACACAACAUGACACAACACAACAUGACCACAACAACACAACACAACACGACACAACAUGACACAACACAACAUGACACAACACACAACAACAACACACCACACACAACAUACACAACACACAUACACAAAAACAUGACCAACAACACACAAACAAUGACACAAAACACCCAAAAACAACACCACGACACAACACAAACACAACAACCACAGACACGACCAACCCCACUGACACAAAACAACACACACACAACAUGACACAACAAACAACCGGACACAACACAACACAACACAACAACAACAACAACACAACACAACACACCAACAUGACACAACACAACAUACACAACACAACAUGACACACACACAACAUGACCACAACCAACAUUACACAACUACACAACAUGACACAACACAAACAUGACACACACAACAUACACAACACAACAUGACACAAACAACACACACACAACCACAACACAACAUGACACAAAAACAACAUGACACAAACACAACACGACACACACAACAUGACCACAAACACAACAUACACAACACAACAUGCACACAACACGACACAACAUGACCACACAACAUGACACAACAACAAACACACAACAUACACAACACACAACACGACACACAUGACACAACACAACGACACAACCAACAAAAACACAACAUGACACAACACACAACACACCACACACAAACAAAAACCACACCACACACACAACACAACAUGACACAACACAACACGACACCAAACACACACAUGACACAACACAACACACAACACAACAGACACACACAUACACAACACAUACACAACACAACGACCACCCACAACUACACAACAUACAAACAAACACACAUGACACAACAACCCACACACGACACAACGACAACACAACUGACACAACACACACAACACACAACAUGACACAACACAACAUACACAACAACACCAUGACCAACACAACAUUGACAAAAACCACACAACAUGACACAACAACCAACCAUGACACAUGACACAACAACAUGACACAACAACACGACACAACAGACACAACACAAAGCACAACACAACAUACACACACAACAACACACACGACACAACACACACAACACAACAUGACACAACACCACAGACACAACACAACAGACACCAACACCCCAAAACGACACAACACACACAACACAACACACACAACAUACACAACUGACACACACACCGACCACACACAACACACACAUACACAACACAAAAUACCCAACAUACACACACAACGACCCGACACAACACAACAUACACACAAACACAACAUGACACAACACACACACACACACAACACAACCGACACAACACCAACACAUGACACAACACAUACACAACACGAAAACAACACAACAAACAGACACAACACAACUACCACACAACACAAACAUCACAACAGACACAACCAACGACACAACACAACAUACACACAACACACACACACAACACCACAACACACACACAACACACACACACAUAACACACACACGACAACCAAACACACACACCUACACACACAACAUGAACACAACAUGACACAACACAACAUGACACAACACACGACACACACACAACAUGCACAACACAAAACCACAUGACACAACCAACAAAACAGACACAACACACACACACACACAACAUGACACAACACAACAUACACAAACACAACACACAUGACACAACACAACACAACACAACACAACACGACACAACAUGACACAACACAACCAAACACCAAACGCACACACAACAAACAAACCAACACAAAACAACACGACACAACCAUGACACACACCAACAAACACACACCACCUACCAACACAACAAAACAAACAUGACCAACCAACAUGACACCAACAACACACACACAACACACACGACAACACAACACAACACAACAUGAACAACACACAACACAACACACACACAACACACGACACAUACACAACACACACAAACAAACAUACACAACAAAACACACACACCCAACACACCAACACAACACACACAACAACAACAACAACCACUUCAACACAACACCCAACCACAACAACAACAUGACACAACACAACACACACCACAUGACAACAACAAACAACAACCCCAUGACACAACACAACACACACACGACAACAUGACACCAACACACACAACACACACCACACACAUGACACAAACACAACAUGAACACCCACCACAACAACACACAUGACCAACACAACAUGACACAACACACCCACAUGACACAACAUGACACAACACAACCAACGACACACACAACAUGACACAACCAACACACACAACACAACACACAACCACAACACAACAGACACAACACACACAACACAACAUGACACACCAACCACAACAAACAAAACACAACACAACACAAACACACACAACACACUACACCCCGACACACCCCACACACACCACAACACAAAAUGACACCAACACAACAUCACACAACAUGACACAACACAACACGAACACAACACAAACACAACUGACACAACACAACGACAAACAACAACAUGACACCCAACACAAAAACACACACAACCACACACAACAUGACACAACAACCACAACACAACCGCACACACAACACAACUACAACAACACAAACAUGACACAACACAACACAACACAACACAACAUACACACCAACAAACACACAACAUACACACAACACACAAACAUACACAACAGACACAACAACAAACACGAACACAAACACGAACACACACAAACCAUGACCAAACACAACAUGACACAACACAACAACACAACACAACAACACCACAUGAAACCACAACAUGACACAACACAACACAACAUGACACAACACCAUACACAACACAAAACAACAUGACACAACACAACAAACACACAACACACACGACACAACACAACAGACACACAUUACACAACACAACUGAACAACCACACAACCAACACACACAACACAACCCAAUACACAACAACACAAACAAACAACAAACAACACAACACACAAACAGACACAACAUGGACACACAACACAACACAAACACGGACACAACACAACACAUGAAACAACACAACUGACACACCACAUACACAACACAACAUGACACAACAUGACACAACACAACAACAAUGACACAAACACAACAUGAACAACAUGACCACAACACAACACGACACAACACAACAUGACACAACAUGACACAACACAACAUGACACCACAUGGGACACAACACAACAUGGACACAAACCACAACCACAACACAACCACGACACAACACAACACCGACACACACAAAACACAACAACAACACAAACACAACACAACUCGACCACAACACAACAUGACACAACAUUGACACAAACAACAUGACACAACAUGACACCACACAACACGGCCAACAACACAAACAUGACACAACAUGACACAACACAACAUGACACAACAUGACACAACACAACAUGACACAACACAACACAACACGACACAUGACACAACAUGACACAACAACUGUCUCGUCCCGACCCCGACACAUUCAUUACUAUGGGACAGCUGGAGAUCGAAUUUGAAUAUUGAAACAAUGUUGCAAAUGUCGGCGAGACAGACAGCAAGGUUUACAUAAAUCUCCGCUGUUGAAAACUAAAUGUUAGUCUAAAAGAAAUGUGAGAUAAUGUCUAGAUGCUUUUUAUAGUGGAGAUCAAGUUUAUAAAUUGCCUGGCUGGGCUGAUGAGACAGUGGAUUGGGCAGUCAGAGGGAACUGAGUAAAUAGGCAUUUUAACGUCAUAGAUUUAGCCGGUGGUAACUUGUGGAAUAGACACCGGCUGGAAUGCGGUUUUGACCAAUCAGCAUUCAGGAUUAGACCCACCCGUUGUUUAAUCCAACAUAGAUGAACCACCUACGCACAGUGACAGACAUUUAAAAAGCAAUUUACCUAACAGUAUAUUUCCAGAGAUCUUGAUUGCUGUAAACUCUGCAGAUAUCACCUCAAGCUGAAUUCACCUUUAAAAGUGAACCUCAGUGCCCAGGUCAUUUACAUUUUAGUCAUUUAGCAGACGAUCUUAUCCAGAGCGACUUACAGUUAGUGAGUGCAUACAUUUUCAUACUGGCCCCCCGUGGGAAUCAAACCCACAACCCUGGCGUUGCAAGCGCCAUGAUCUACCAACUGAGCUACAGGGGGGGCUGUUAUUUACUGUAACUGCAUUUGCCCAUUAUUUUUAGACACUAGAUAGACCUGACCUGACCUGGAAUUCACAACCUGAUUGUUGUUGUUUUGAUUGGUUGUGUUGUAUUUCCCAUAACAGGAAGUAUUAUGAGGAGAAGAUGUUUGAUUGGUUGUGUUGCAUUUCCCAUAACAGGAAGUAUUACGGGGAGAAGAUUGGGAUCUACUUUGCCUGGCUGGGUUUCUACACUGAGAUGCUGUUCUUCGCUGCGGUAGUAGGCCUGAUCUGUUUUCUCUAUGGAUUGUUCACCUUCGAUGACAACAUCUGGAGGUGAGGGCCCCUGAAUCCCAAUUCAACCCCUAGCCCCUAGGCACUAGCCCCUAUCCCCUAGCCCCUAGGCACUAGCCCCUACGCUUGUGUUGUGUAGCCCCUAUCCCCUAGCCCCUAUCCCCUAGCCCCUAGCCCCUAGCCCCUAUCCCCUAGCCCCUAUCCCCUAGCCCCUAUCCCCUAGCCCCUAUCCCCUAGCCCCUAGCCCCUAGCCCCUAUCCCCUAGCCCCUAGCCCCUAUCCCCUAUCCCCUAUCCCCUAUCCCCUAGCCCCUAGCCCCUAUCCCCUAGCCCCUAUCCCCUAGCCCCUAGCCCCUAUCCCCUAGCCCCUAGCCCCUAUCCCCUAGCCCCUACCCCCUAGCCCCUAGCCCCUAUCCCCUAGCCCCUAGGCGCUCCUGUUGAUCUGAAAGGACUGAGUUGGUGUAAGCAGUAUCCAGUGUAGUUAUUAUACAUUUGUACGUUGUCCGGGGAUGUCAGAUUGAUACGUCCAACGAUUGGGACAGACUAAUAAUUAUAGCUAAGUGAAGGUGGCUGAUAAUGUAGCUCAUAUGUUUUGAUGCAGUAGACCUACAUCAUGAGACUAUCACUUCCGUUGUUUUGAAAUCCCUUGGUUAUUCCAGUAAAGAAAUCUGCAGUGAGGAGAUCGGAGGCAACAUCAUCAUGUGUCCGCUGUGUGACAAGACAUGUGGCUACUGGAAACUCAACACAACGUGUAACUCGUCCUGGGUAAGGAGUGCAUCCAUGCUAAAGAUAAUCGUUGUUGGAAAUGUGUUUUAUUUUGUCGACGCAUAUCUCUAAGGAACUUUAGAUCCCUCUCUUGUUUUUCUGCUUUUAAGACGUUCUUUUGUGUAUGAACUUUACCCCACGUUGUUCUUCUUUCAGCAAUCGCACAUGUUUGACAAUGUGGGGACGGUGUUCUUUGCCAUAUUCAUGGGGAUUUGGGGUAAGUGACAGGCACUGAGUACUGUAACUGUGCAUGACUAGACUGAGUACCCCCCCUAGUGGCAGCUGCCAAUAGCUACAACUGGAAAACAGACGUUCUCUUGGAGUACUUCUGUACUUUAUAACUGCCGAGCUUCUCUAGCCUGACGUCGGGACCUUGUUUACGUUUUGUAAAAAAUGUUUUUAGUCAUUUAGCAGUCACUCUUAUCCAGAGCGACUUAAAGGAGCAAUUAGGGUUAAGUGCCUUGCUCAAGGGCACAUCGGCAGAUUUUUCACCUUGUCGCUCGGGGAUUCGAACCUGCGACCCUUUCGCAAAAACACAUGACACAGAAAAGUGGAAUGUUAGCAGAAAACAUACUGGUGCCCAGCCUCAUCUGUAUGAAAAGGGAGUCAUGUGGUUGAAUUCCUACUGAAUAUAGCUGACACACUGGGAUGAGGGAUAUCUCCACAAUUCUUAAAACUAUUGCUAGUAAAAUUCAGUUUACAUUUACAUUUUAGUCAUUUAGCAGACGCUCUUAUCCAGAGCGACUUACAGUUAGUGAGUGCAUACAUUUUAAUACUGGCCCCCCCCGUGGGAAUCGAACCCACAACCCUGGCAUUGCAAACGCCAUGCUCUACCAACUGAGCUACAUCCCUGCCGGCCAUUCCCUCCCCUACCCUGGACGACGCUGGGCCAAUUGUGCGCCGCCCCAUGGGUCUCCCGGUCGCGGCCGGCUACGACAGAGCCUGGAUUCGAACCAGGAUCUCUAGUGGCACAGCUAGCACUGCGAUGCAGUGCCUUAGACCACUGCGCCACAGUUCUACCAAGCCUUUCCAAAGAGUCUUUUUUGGCCCUGACUAUGUCUCCUCCUCCUGUCCUUCCUUCUGCAGUGACUCUGUUCCUGGAGUUCUGGAAGCGUCGCCAGGCCCGGCUGGAGUAUGAGUGGGACCUGGUGGACUUUGAGGAAGAGCAGCAGCAGCUCCAGCUGCGACCGGAGUACGAGACCAAGUGUACCAGCCAACGCCUCAACCGCGUCACACAGGUGCUUGUGUUACCAUCCCUUACCUGUAUAGAGUUAGAGGUUAGGGGUUAG